CUCGCGAGGGGCCUCGGAGGCCUCGGGCUCAGGGGAACCAGCGUCUCAAGUACUCGUUCGUGUGGCGCUGACGAAUCGCCGGGGCUCUGAGGCCGGGCUGCCCCGGGCUCCCCACAGUCACCUGGGGACCUGGCCCAGGGGCUCGGCCUCAGCCUUUUCAUCUGUCGGCCGCCCUCCAGGCAGUUUUGAGGACGUGACACCUGGAGCAGGUCUGCUCACUGCUCCUGGCUGACACCCACGGUCCCUGCAGCCUCAGGCAGCUCCGUGCGUUUCUCGGGCUGCAGGCCACUUGUACGGCUGCCUGUGGCCGCUCCUGGGGCCUCCUGAACCCCGUGGGUCUGAGACGUGGUCCCUCAGCACUGGUUCCCCGAGGAGAAGAGUGUCUAGUCAAGUGGCAACGACUGGGAGUCGGCAGUGUCUUCUCUCUUGCUGUGGAUCUUCUGGUGUCUCUAGUCCAGACAGUGGUGGUCACAGCUGGGGCUUGGAUUUCACAGGCUGGGUCGGCUGGACUCUCAGUGUUCCUUGGUACCUGGUCCUGUCUGCUUGCCCACGUUUUAUCAAGCCAUGUCUGUGCUUGCUGCCCCUCUCUGCUGUGCUGCAGGGAAUCCAAGGCAGCCUGCACGCCUGCCAGAGCAAAUCAGCAGGGCCGGCCUGGUGAGAGCCUGGGGGGAGGGGCUGCUGUCUCCGAGUGUCCCACCCCUCCCGGUGCUGACCAAGGUGCUGACCUGUGUGGGUGUGUGUCAGGUGUAGGGAUGGGGGUGGCGGGUCUGGAUUUUAUUCUGCAUCCGAGGAAGACAGGAUUUCUGAUAGGUUUUGUGGUUUGGGAAGCCUGGGUGCUAAACCCAGAGAAAAGCAUUGGAAUGUUGAAGGCACGGCCCAGGAGGACUGCAGAGUGUACCCGUGACAGCCUCUUUUCUCUAGAGGGUGGGGCUGGGCUUGGCCCCUCCAUUCCACCUAGCCAUGUACCAGGCCCCUGCCAGCCCCUCGAUGUGCAGGCUCACCCGCCAGCACUGCUCCCUGCCUGGCUUCAUUGGCCUCCACCACCAGUUCCUGGAUGGCUGCCUGCCCGGCCCAGCACCGUGCACACGCUUGUGUUCCUGGGCAGGCAGCAGGUGCUCCGGUGUCAACCGGCCACCUUCCAGGCCCUGCCUCUGUUGCUGUGUGAGUGUCCCUUGCUCUUCAAGGUGGCCUUCAUGGAGAGGAAGACAGCCAUGCUGCGCGAGCUGGUGCACUGGCCCUUCCCACUGUUCAGCUUUCAGCAGCUGUUGCAGGAGUGCAUGCACUGCAGCUGGGCCCUGCUGCAGGAGUGGCCGAGCACCAAGAGUGUGCAGGCCGUGAUCCUGGGGCUGACAGCCCGGCUGCACACCCUGCAGGCUGAGACCAGCUCCCAGCCCCUCGGCAGGAAGCAUGCGCUGUGGGUGCUGUACAUGAUGGGCCUCUUUGAUGAUGGGGUGGAGCAGGACCCUGGCACCAUGAGCAUGUGGGACUGCAUGGCAGGCAUGGCCCAUACCUGCAUUGCCCAGCAGCAGGGGGCGGCUGUGGAGGCCAGCACCGGGGAGCCUGUCCCCAUGGAGGUGCACGUGGAUCAUUGCGUGAAUCGCGCCUCCUAUGUGUUCCUGCGGGAGGUGCUCCGCAGUAGCCUGGGCAGCCCACUGCACCUCUGCUGCCAGGGCCUGUGGGCUGAGGACCUGCCCACACAGAACACUGUGGCCCUGCUGCAGCUGCUAGACACGGGCUGUCUGUGCCGUGUGGAUCUGCACUUCAACAACCUGGGCCUGUGUGGCUCUGUCGUCAUCCCGCACAUGGCUGGGUUCCUGCGCCCGGCCAGCCUGCGGCUGCUCUGUGUUCACCAGAACUCACGGCAGCCCUCUGUGCACAGCGAGGACAACUUCUGCUACUUCCUGGCCCAAAUGGGGUGCUUCACUGGCUCCUCCCUCCUGUCUGGAUGGCUGGAGCAGCUGCUAAGCAUGCUGCCAAGGCCCCUGGGGAGCCUGGAGCUGGCCGUCUGUACCCUGCUGCCUGAGGACCUGUGCUCCCUGGUGUGGAGCCCCCACACUGCCCACCUCAAGAAGCUGGAUCUGAGUGGCAACGAUCUGUCUGGCAGCCAGCCGGCGACCUUCUGGAGUCUCCUUUGGGCAGCAGCAGCCAUGCUGCUGCACCUUGAGCUGACCGAGAGCCAGCUCGCUGACCCCUAGCUGCUGGCCACGCUGCCUGUGCUAACGCGCUGCUCCGGCCUCCACUACCUGGGGCUCUACAGCAGCCCAUCGUCUGUGGUGGGUCUCAGAGACUUGCUGUGGGACUCGGCAGCCCAGGCCGAGCUGUGCACUGUGGUGCACUCCUUCCCCGUGGACUGCUAUGGGGGUCUGCCCUGGCCACUGCCUGUCUCUGUCCUCCUGAAGGUCUCCAUCAACGAGAUGUUUGCCCAUGUGGAGGCUGAGCUGCCCCUGCUGGCCUCAAGUCGAGGCCAUGUGCUCUGGACCACAGAAACCUAUGGGCGCCUGGCUGCAGACUGCAGCCUGUGACUGCCAGGAUCCCCUGUGGUUGGGGCCACCAGUGCCCAGUAGCCUGCCUUCCCCUCGGGCAGGCAGGGCUGUUGAGGGAACUUCAGGGGUCUAGAGGACCGCCCCAUCCCAUCCAGUACCCUGUAGGUCCCCCUUCCCUUGGUGCAGGGCCUGCCUUACUCCCACUCACCCCUGAGCCUCCUGUGCUUCCCAUGGUGUCCCUUGUGGUUUGGCACCUGCACCUGCUCCACACUGUGGUUGACUGUGUGGACCACAGGACUGGCUUCUCAGUGGGCUACCGCUGGCCACACUCCUGGGGCGUGUCCCUCCCUGCAGAACCCUCCUUGGAUCUCAGCUGUAAGCCUCCCAGAGUUUUCUCUCUGGGACCCUCCUUCCCAUCCCCUUCCUGACAGCGAGUGCCCUCGGGUUGAGGUGGGGAGGGGCUGCUUCAGGAGGGUCCGGUCCUCUUGUCUUGCUGCCCUGGUCUGUGUCCUGCUGCCGCUUCAGCUGGCCCUAGCAGUUGGGCCUCAGGGCUGGAGGCAGUGUCAGGUACAAAUGUGCAGCAUGCUCAGAACUUGA